CUCCAGUCCCCGUGUGGCACCAGAGCCCGGGGCUCCCAAGGCUAUGGCUUCUGAGGUUUCCACCCAACAUCCAAAUGUCUCCUGGGGAAGAGCUUGCUCCGGGAAGCUGAGAACCGCUACAGAUGCCGGUGCUCAGCGUUGGAUUCCACCACCUGCCUUAUGUCUGCAGUUCCCUCACGACCUGUUGCCUUGGGUCUGGGGCUCAGAUCUGUCGUGCAAUCUCCUAUUUCCAGCUAACCUGGGGGCACAGGAAGAAACCUCGGAGGGUUUCCCUUGGCCAGGCUAGGAAUAGAGACGAAUACUGACAGAGCGUCCCGGUUAUUUAUUCACGACUUACUUGGCUGAGUGCCAAACAUUGUGCUCAGCUCUAGCUGCCUGAAGGGAGUCUCGGGAGUUCAUGGGGGCUUACAGGGAUGAGAGGAGGGGUUCCAGUGUGGUGUAGUGCAUGGGGCACUAGAUGGGUAGAUCGUGAUGCGGCCAGGAAGGCUCGGAGGUCGCUAUUCAGUGCAGACUUGCAGAGAUUGGAAUUUGCCAGCCUGAAAACUGUGGAGGCGGGGGCGUCAGGGACCGCACGAAUUUCAGGUAGAUUUUCUUAUGUGCAGAUGAAAGAAGCGAAGGAGGCCAGAACCUCAGCUAAUCAAACAGCAGAUUACUCAGUAGGACCGGGACUUGUGGGUGGGAAAUAAACUGCGAGGUGGAAGGGCUUCUUGAAAUGUGCACAAGUCUGAAGAUGCAGCCUUACAAGUUUGUCCUCAGAUGUAGGAGGAAGAAUUCAGUCGGUCCCGGGGCCACUUUGCCGGUUCCGUGGGCAGUGUUGGGGACUGGCAUCCACUAGCUGGUAAACAGAAUCCUGUGAAGCCCACUUCUGGUGGUGUAGAACCCCUGGGCUCCUCGGACCCCAAGCCUCCUGCUCCCUGCCGCUGGCAACCUGCACUUUGAGCCUUACCUAGCUGCUUUUGUGUGGACGGAGGCUUCCCAUCUGUCGCAGCCAUGAACUUCCUCCGGAGGCGUCUGUCCGACAGCAGCUUUGUAGCCAACCUGCCCAAUGGCUACAUGCCGGACCUGCAGCGCCCAGAGAGCUCCAGCAGCUCCCCAGCAUCCCCGGCCACAGAGAGGAGGCACCCCCAGCCCCUGGCUGCCUCUUUCUCUUCUCCGGGAUCCAGCCUGUUCAGCUCCUUCUCCAGUGCCAUGAAACAGACCCCACAGGCCCCCUCGGGGCUAAUGGAACCACCCACUCCUGUCACCCCCGUGGUUCAGAGACCCAGGAUCUUGUUGGUGAUUGAUGAUGCCCACACAGACUGGUCCAAGUAUUUCCAUGGGAAGAAAGUGAAUGGCGACGUUGAGAUACGAGUGGAACAGGCUGAGUUCUCUGAGCUGAACCUGGCUGCUUAUGUUACCGGAGGCUGCAUGGUAGACAUGCAAGUUGUGAGAAAUGGCACCAAAAUUGUGAGGUCCUUCAAACCGGACUUCAUCCUGGUCCGACAGCAUGCCUACAGCAUGGCCCUGGCUGAGGACUACCGCAGCCUGGUCAUCGGCCUUCAGUAUGGAGGGCUUCCUGCUGUCAACUCUCUCUACUCCGUGUACAACUUCUGCAGCAAGCCCUGGGUGUUCUCUCAGCUCAUUAAGAUCUUCCAUUCUUUGGGUCCUGAGAAGUUUCCACUCGUGGAGCAAACAUUUUUCCCCAACCACAAGCCAAUGCUCACAGCCCCGCAUUUUCCUGUGGUGAUCAAGCUGGGACAUGCCCAUGCUGGCAUGGGAAAGAUCAAAGUAGAAAACCAGCAUGACUACCAGGACAUCACCAGUGUGGUGGCCAUGGCCAAAACCUAUGCCACCACUGAAGCCUUUAUCGACUCCAAGUAUGACAUUCGCAUCCAGAAGAUUGGAUCCAACUACAAGGCAUACAUGAGAACCUCCAUCUCUGGAAACUGGAAGGCCAACACAGGCUCUGCCAUGCUGGAGCAGGUGGCCAUGACAGAGAGGUACAGGCUAUGGGUGGACAGCUGCUCAGAAAUGUUCGGUGGCCUAGACAUAUGUGCUGUCAAGGCUGUCCACAGCAAGGAUGGCAGAGAUUAUAUCAUCGAGGUCAUGGAUAGUUCAAUGCCCCUGAUCGGAGAGCAUGUAGAAGAGGACAAGCAGUUAAUGGCCGACCUUGUUGUCUCCAAGAUGAGCCAACUCCUGGUGCCGGGCAGCAUGGUGCCCUCACCCCUGAGACCUUGGGGUCCACAAACUAAACUUGCAAAAUCUCCUGGGCAAGGCCAGCUGGGUCCUCAGCUAGGACAGCCGCAGCCAAGGCCACCUCCACAAGGCGGCUCUCGUCAAGCUCAGUCUCCUCAGCCUCCCAGAUCUAGAAGUCCAUCCCAACAGAGGCUUUCCCCACAGGGCCAACAGCCUGUGAGCCCUCAGUCAGGCUCUCCACAGCAGCAAAGGUCCCCAGGUUCUCCACAGCUAUCCCGGGCAUCUGGUGGCAGCUCUCCAAACCAGGCCUCCAAGCCAAGCGCCAGCCUCGGCUCACAUCCCCGGCCGCCUGUGCAGGGCCGCAGCACCUCCCAGCAGGGUGAAGAGCCCCAAAAGUCAGCACCGCCUCACCCCCACCUCAACAAAUCUCAGUCCCUGACGAACAGCCUCAGCACAUCAGAUGCCUCCCAUCGAGGGACCCCAAGUGAAGAUGAGGCCAAGGCCGAGACCAUCCGCAACCUGAGGAAGUCCUUUGCCAGCCUCUUCUCUGACUAGCCCCACCUAAGCUGGAGGGCAGGAAGACUCAGUGACUGGAGCCUUUCUCUGGUUCCCUCCUUCUCAGCCUUGGUUCCUGGUGGAAACACGCUUCCUAGAUGCCUCUGACCCAGGAACUGAUGAUCUAUAUGCAUUCCCACCUCCUUGACCAUGACAUUCCAAUGCCGUCUGACUGAGCUGUAGCCUUGAGAGCCCCUGGGUUCCUCAACACGGGCCUUCCAGACAGACAAGGCGUCAUUACACCCACCAUAUGCUUGCUCCCCUGCCACUGGUACCGAGUGAGAUGUCUAUGUGGCUCAUUUUUUGCGUUCUUAUUAGUGUUUUGCUUGCCUUUGGGCAGAGGCCCUCUUUGAGGCCUUGACUCUCUUUCAUCAAAUGCAGACAUUGUAGUCGGACCUCAGCAACAUAAGAGGCAAUACUUUUUAAUGGUGUUUUUGCAAACAGAAAUAGGGAAGCCCAGCCCAGGAGCCUACCACAUACCUAAAGCAAGCUAGUGCCAUCCUUGCCGGGAGCAGGCUGACAAAGGCCCCAUCUCAGCUGGCCCUCACAGGGACCUUGAUGCCAACAGAAAGAAGCUAGACCCUCUGCAACAAGUGGGGCCUUUCAGAACAGAACAGAGGGAACCACACAUAAUGCUACCCAUGCUUAGAGCCAACAGCAAGAAUCCAGAGGAGAGAGCCUGUGCCCCCUGUGGAGAGCAUUACAGGAUUGUGCCUCUCUGACCUCACACAGAAUCUGUUCUUUUUCCUCCUUAAGGCUAGAUGGGAAACCAGAGAGAGUGGAUAGCUCCCUGUCGCAGGAUCAGAAGACAUGGUGAUGGAGUCUAUAUGGUUCGGCAUUUUACCUGCUCUGAACAAGGUGUCAAUAGGCCACUCAAUUUCCAAAAGGUCUCCUGGUGAGACAGCCCUCAGAAACAGUGCGUGUGUUUCUCUUUAGGAGACACAGAAUACAGAACACACAUUGAAGCCUUUUGGAAUUUCUUCCAGAAAAAGUUCCACUCCAACCUUGUUUUAGUCAUUAUGACGAGGAUAGUUUGCCGCAGAGCUAGGCAAAGUGGUCCUGACUCCCCCUCCAGUGCUCCUUUGCUCCUUCCCUGACACCAGACCGCCUCCCGGAUCACAUCACCAAGCACCUGGUGCUAGAAACACUGUAGGUGCCAGAACAGUGUCCUGGUCCCAAGACGACCCAGGACAUCAGAACACAGCCAUGCGUAUCUGUACAGCCCUGCUGGCCACCUGUGGUAUGCCUUCCUUGCAUGGUGUUGAGGGAGGGAAGUUACUAACUACACAGCUUCUGCUUCUGCUUCUGCUUCUGCAGAUUGCUUGGUGAUCAUCCGAGGCUUUUCCAAGUCUCCAGGAGUAGAAGCAGUCAUUGUAGUUUCUGGGGAGUUUUCUGCUUGUUUUCUUGAAACAGACUCAUUCAGCAACUCAGGCUGGCCUAAAACUUAUAUAGCUCAUGCAACUCUCAAACUCAUGCUGAUUCUCCCUCUUUAUCAGCCUCCCAAGAGCUGAGACUGCACGAAUGAACUGCCACACCCAGCGGUUCAUCAUCCUCCCAGCCCAGACUGGAGUGGCAGAGACAAGGGUAGAGACCCUCUCCUGCCUUGGCUCACUUAGAAUCCUGCAUUUCUGCAGAAUGCACCUUCAAGCUGGUUUCCAGCAGGGAUCAGCUCAGCACCCAAAGUGGCAGCUUUGGCCAUGGCUGCAGAGAUCCUUUUGGCCCUUGGGGUCACCCUCUUCCUUCUUGCCUUCUCCCUCCCUCAUGAUCAAGUCAAUAUGGAGAACAAGCGCACCAGAAUUAUUUCAGAAGCCCUCCUUGGCCUCUCUUUCCAUAUUCUUGGCUUGGAGGAAUAAACAGCAGCUGUAAGUCUACGUUGUGUAGGUCCAGUGACCACUGAGGCCAUAAUUUGGAGCUGUAGACCACAGGGCUUCUGGCAUAGUUGGAACUGACUACUCAAUAGCAAAUAUGCUGUGGUGUGAAGUGAGGAGUGAUCUUCUGAAGGCCCAGACCCCUCCCAGCACCAACAAAGCCCAACCUCUUUUAUUCCUAAGUUCCAAUGAGUUCAGUGUAUACAGGACAGUCCCUGAGGCACAUCUUCCUCAUUUUGCCCAACUGCUCUUCUAUCAUAGAAUGAGGCUGGCAAAUACUUCCAGAAUGCUCCUUGAGGACAAUGGGGAUGACCUAGAAUGUGGUAAGACACAUGGCACAAGGGUCAAUACAUUCUCCUGCCCCCCACCCACUGCCCGGUGAGGGAGAGGAGGUCUUGAGGCCAGCAUCCCCAAGCCAUGCUUUAGAUAGGUUAUCCAAAGGAAGAAAAAAGGUCAGUCUGAGUUCACAGAAUGUUGCUUCUUCCUCCUGCUCCUCCUACUGACUUAGCUCUUGUACCUUUCUCUAGAACCUCUGAAGAAAAUUAGGUGGAGCAGAAGGAAGGAUUCGGUGGGGAGGAUAAGAUUUGAAAUGUCAAAGAUAGUCUGUUAAAGUGAGUUCUACAGAAGAAGAUGUGGGUGUUGUUUCUGAUUAUCUACCAGAUGUGAGUCCCCUUUUCAGGUCCCCCAGCACCUUCCUCCCUUCUCCUCACUCCCUCUCUAUUUUACACACACACACACACACACCUGGCUAAUGACCAGAAUGAACACAUUAAAAUGUAACAUCUUGCCGGGCAUGGGUGUGCACCCUUUAAUCCCAGCACUCGGGAGGCAGAGGCAGGCAGAUCUCUGAGUUUGAGGCCAGCCUGGUCUACACUUUGAGUUCCAAGACAGCCAGGACUACACAGAGAAACUCUGUCUUGAAAAACAAAAACAAAGGAAAGGAAGAAAGGAGCGGUAAGAGGUUAAAACCCCAUUACCUCAUUUCAGACCAUAGUCCUCUUUCCAGGGGGUCCCUGAUGACUUGUUUCAGUAACAGACUGCUUCCCUACCAGACCUUGAGAAGCCAGGGCUCACUCAUGAGGCACACGUGGAGGGAAUCAGCACACCAGCCUCACCUGAUUGAGGGGCCCUUUGCUCCUGACAAUGACAGUUGAAGUUGCUCCCGUAGAAAGCUCUGCCCCAGUCGGUAAGAUUCAAGCAGUCUCACACAGGGGGGUGGGGGUGGGGGAUGACCUGGCAUUCUGGAAAAGCGUAAGAUAGUAUUGCUGAUAUAACAUCACAGAAGCCACACUUUAGGCGGUUAAGAACAUGGUGGACACCUGUGGCAGCCAUCACCCAUGUCUCAGUAAUAAACCACAGCUCCAGACACAUCGUGGAGUAACAGGCAGCAGGAAAUUCCUUCUAGUGUAGACCAUGGCUCUGGACAGAUUUUAGUUUUAAAGGCAGAGGAAACUUUGCUUCAGAUAACAGGAAUAUGAGCUUGUAGUGAGAGGGCUCAGACCUGCAGCUGGAUCAGCCUCUGGGUGUUCUGGAGGCCUGCUGAGGUUGGGCUGCCAUUCUGAAGCAGGGCAGGGAUGGAUAUGUUUCCAUGCCAUCGCCACCCCUGCUAGGGACCUGCCCCUUUGAUAGACAGAACCAAGAGCUCCGUAAAUGACCAUGUGGCCAAAAUAUUCUCACUUAUAUUCUGUCCCUAAAAACAUCUCAGCAUUCAAUGGCAUCUGUCCAGGAUCCCAACUAUAGUAGCACAAAUGUCUCUCAAAAUCUGAAUCAGGCCAGGCAUCCUGAUUUUAUAAUCCUGCCAACUAUGUCUCGAUCCAUGAUGUAACACUAGACUAUAGCCAGCACUCUGAAUAACUUCCAACUGGGCUGGGAAUGAAAACAGAGGCCAAGGGUAUAUACAGGUCCGUGGAGUCCACAUCUCUCUCCAGUGGAUUGUUUUCACCCAUAAGCUAGUCCAUGUUGCUCCCAAAACUUCAACCUUCAAUAAUUGUGACAUUUAGAGGUAGAAAAGGGCAAAAGGAAAGGGGAGGCGUCACAGUAAAUAGAUUCUGAAGGGUUCUAUUUACUGGGUUUUGCUAUCUUUCACAACUUUGACCCAAACAAUAGCAAUGACUUCAUGAAGCUGAGACACAACAAAGACCCAUUCAAUUUGUGUACAAUAACCAGGGCCUUCCAAACACAGCCCCCAAAACAGCCACAGCAAGCUUCCUCCACACCAGAUGGCACAGAACAUGCACACCACUUCCCUUUCCUUCACCUCCCAAGGCCUCUGGGCUGCGGCAGUCACUCCCAGAAUGCAGCUGGCUCUACUCCUGGACUAUCAGGAGUGACAGUUCUUCACUCUCAUUAAAAAAAAAAAUCAGUUGAAAACUCCAUGUCACUGAAUAGCCACUGCUCCACAAGUUCUCUUGUGAAUAUCCAGGAAAGAGGUACCAGAGAAGCAAGCUGGCUGGGCACAUGGGAUCUGGCACAGGAGCUAGGAACAGCUGCUCAGAGGCAGGUGGGUGUUCAGGACUCUCCUUAGGUGACUCUCCUAGAAACUUAGGAAAUUAGUGACAUGUAUGUGACAGAUUAAGAUUGGAGAUCCUCAUGGAGCUGGAGAGAUGGCUCAAUGGUUAAGAGCACUGACUGCUCUUUCAGAGGUCCUGAGUUCAAUUUCCAGCAACCACAUGGCGGAUCACAACCACCUAUAAUGAGAUCUGGUGUCCUCUUCUUGCCUGCAGGGAUACAAGCAGGCAGAACACUGUAUACAUAAUAAAUCUUUAAAAAAAAAGGAUUGGAGCCGGGCGGUGGUGGCGCACGCCUUUAAUCCUAGCACUCGGGAGGCAGAGCCAGGCGGAUCUCUGUGAGUUCGAGGCCAGCCUGGGCUACAGAGUGAGUUCCAGGAAAGGCGCAAAGCUACACAGAGAAACCCUGUCUCGAAAAACCAAAAAAAAAAAAAAAAGGAUUGGAGAUCUCCCUCCCUCCCUCCCUCCCUCCCUCCCUCUCUCUUAUUUAAUCCCCAAAGACCUCCUCUGCACUGGAUCUGGAAAGGAAGGGGAGCAGACAGAAUGAGAUGAAGACUCUAGCCCCUGGGGAGCAUACUCCUGGGGUACACAAUUUCCUGGAAGCCAGGGAGUAGCCCAGGUCAGCAUGGGUUAGAGGUGGUAGCAAUGCGCACUCCCAGGACCAUGCUGCUGGCAUACAUAUAGCCAAGGCCAAGACCCAGGAAAGGAAGUGUCGGUCUACAUGAGAGCCUUGCAGCUGUACCAACCAAACAUAGCUCAGCUUUGUAAACAAGUCCCUGGACAGUGUGCACCAGCUCCCUUGUCCUUUGUUACAGCUUGGUGGCUCAUUUUGUGUACACAGAAGUGGUGAGUAGCUGCACAUUAGUCACAGGCGCUGGUUAAGCCAGCCUUGCACGUACAAGUGGUAACCUAACUGUCACAGGGACCAGCCCAUUCACUGCAAGAGCCCUUUCACUGUAUCUCUAGUUUCCUAUCCCAGAGCCAAACUGGCUGAUACAACUAAGCUGGUGUCAGAUGCUGUCCUAGACCUGAGCAGCUGAUUAAACUGUUUAAUAUUUAGACUUUACUAGGAGGCAGCACUUUGGGCUUGAGUGAAGACAAAUGGGAAGGUUAGGCGGCAAGCAAGGCUGAUUGAUCCAUUUAUCAAGCACAGAGCUCUCUUGUGCUCCCACAAAACACGAGCCCAGAUUGAUGAAACACAUACCCAGGCUUCACAUUCAGAUCUAACUGGUAGACCUAGAGGGAAAAACAAAAACGCCCACCCAUAGCUUUUCACUAAGACUCAAGAAGGCUCAAGUUAACACUUCUUACAACCAACAUUUUACUUUAGAAUAUCAAAAACAAGUGUUACAACUCAUUUGGGAUUCCCAGUAGGGAAAGCAUGAAGUCAGCUCAAAUUAAAUCUUUAGGGGCUGGAGAAAUACAGUGCAGUCAGUUAAAAGUUUGCAAUGCAACCCAAGGACCUGCAUUCAAAAGCUGGGCAUGGUGGUGAGCACUUGUAAUCUCAAAACUAGGGAAGCAGAGAAAGGUAGAGCCUAAGGGCUCAAUGAGCAGUCGGUCUAGGCUCAUCCGAGUUCCUCCAGGCCAAGUGAGACAGAUGUGUACACACAUCUUCACAUGACUUGCCAAGCAUACUGCCCUAACCUUAUCCAUGCCAAGUACUUAAAAGCAUUGCCCGCACUAGGGCACAGCAGAGCACCUGUCCAGCUCUUCUCCAAGGUUCAAAUCGGCAGGGUAGGAGAAAAACAGGCCUGGGAACCAAUUCUGAACAGAAGAAGCAAAGGAAAAAGGGAAGAAUAUCUGGCUCCACCGGUUAAGAAUUAUGGAGCUAUCCAGUGAAGCAGUGACCUCAGCAACUAAGAACUGAGCAAAGAGCGAGAGAAUUCAGGGGUUUACACACGUUGGUAAGGGUUCUUCCCAAGACUGAAUUACCAGCCAUGCCAAAUGGGCAUUUUCUGUUUAUAGUGGUAUGGGGAGAAGUAAGCUCCCAUUACUAAAACGUGGCUAUAGGAGAACUUAGGGGCCAAGAGAGAUGGAAGGCUACUACAAGCCAAUGCGCUGGAGCGGCACCGUUCUCAAGCAUGUGCAAUAGGCUUCUAGGCCAUCCUGCUCCCGUUACAAUGCAUGGAAAUGACAUCACGAGCCAUGCAGGGAACAAGCUGCUACCAAGCCAUGAUUCCAUUCACGUUAUCAGCAAUACACAAAGCUCAAAAGCCUAAUGACAAGGAUGCAAGAUUCUAAGCUUCUAAAUGUAAAAUUAGCUGCUAAUCAAGAGGAAAUGCUUUGAGGACUCUAAUACACAUUUUUGAGAGGUGCCUAAGUUUAGGUUGAGAGCACUCUUUCAUUACCUUAAACUCAAACUCGCAACAUCUGCCAGUUAAGUCGAGUGAGGCUGGACCAGCACCAUCAGGGGCCUCCCAGGGCCCAUUUGGAAGUGACUGUGUUCUGAAAACUUGUAUUUGGUGCUCUGGUCUUCAGUUUCCCAUGAAUCUGAGGGCACGAGUGCAUGUGCACACAUACACACACACACACACUCUACAUGGGGCAACUUAACAUCCAGCCACAAAGACAUGUUUUGAAAUGGAAUCUAGAUCAAUCAAAACUUCAGGAUGACGCUUUCAGCCACAAUUCAGUGGACAUUAAGAAGACUGUCCUAUAGAUGAUAGAAACAUAAGCAGCCCAAAUCCUCUUCUUCGUUAAAGAUCACAUGGCUUAUAGAAAUACCAGACUGAAUUUUCUUCACUGUGAUGCAAAGACUCAAAACACACAUGUAGCCAAGUCGCACUUGAAUACAGGACUCCAAAUAUUCCUGCAGCAUACAUUCCAGGCCAUUUCCUAAUAUGCAAAACAGGUUUUUAAAAACAGCGUUUGGGCACUGUUCCCAUUUCCUGCAAUGCUAACAGCGUCUGACCCCUGUGUGGCAGUUCCAAUUUCAGUUUGUCACUGGAGCAUGUUCCUAGUUAUCUGUGUGAGUCAUUUGUGUUUGGGCCUUUUCUGUAGAAUAAAUAAAUGUUGAAUUUUGAGUAUUUUA